UAUUAUUAUUAUUACUAUUAUUAUUAUUAUUGUAACGUAAUUGGCAGACAUCGUUUAGUAUAGACUUGCUUCAAGUUGGUUUUUCUUUGUAUGAGUGUGUAGGUGCGCGUGUGUGUGUGUGUGGUGUGUGUGUGUGUUUGGUGUUUGUUAUUGUCGUUGGUCUUGUUGUUUUCUUUUUUUGCUGUUGUUACUGUUGUUGUUGUUAUUGGUGGUAUUUCAUUUUAUUUACCGCUUCCUUUGUUUAGGAUUAGAUUAGCGUAUGUCGUCCACGAUAAUCGACAAAUGACGUGGUCGGUGACUCCUUAAAAGUCGAACACGCCUAGCACAGUUACACUUUCUUGUAUAUGUAUAUAUAAUAUAUCAUAUGAUACAAUAUAGUAUAUCAUACAUAUACAUACAUAAAUCCAUACAUAUAUGCAUACAUAUAUAAGGUAUCACUGUGAAAUAACGAUCCUGUUACUGUUACGAUUAUAGAUAUAUCACACGGGUGUUUUACACCUGCACUGAUAUCAAUCACACAGCACAAGUCCCCCUCCCCUCUUGGCAUACACAUAGAUUACGAUAGCUUGCAAAAAGACAUAAACAAAACAAAAAACCCGUUUCCACACUCACACCACGGAGACAAACAGACAGACACACUGGCACGCAGACAUACUGACGUAUAGACAGACAGAAACAUAGUGUGAUCAGUUAGUUUCACUCACACCCACACUCUGGUAUAAGACUCAUUUUCAGUUUUUUACGGAACACAAACGUACGCACGCACAGAAAAAUGCAGUCACUGACGUGUAUAUUUAAAUAAGCAUUCUAAAGCGCGCGUACACACACAUACACACACACACACAUAUACACACACACAUACACAUACACACGUACAAAUACACAUACACACAUUAAUAUACUUAUUUAUAUAUAUAUAAAUAUAUAUAUAUAUAUACGUACGUGUGUAGGAGUGUUUGCGUGUGUGUGUACUUACAUACAUGCGUGCAUAUAUAUACCUAGGCAUACAUAUAUACAUGUACAUGUGGCUGCUAAAACUAGAACAAACGCGAAUAGAACACAGUAUUAUAUAAAAAAAAAAAAAAAAAAAAACAGCGGAUUUAAUGCAUGCAAAAAAUCGUUUAAUUAUUCUAAUUUAAACAUGGAUUUAAAUCACCAAAAUUAAUUAAUUCAUUGAAUUAUACCAUUACUACUAUUAUUAUUAUUAUUAUUAUUAUUAUUAUUAUUAUUAUUAUUAUUAUUAGCAUUCUUAUCGCUAUUCCCGUUCUCAUCUUCAUCAUUAGCGACGCUAUCCUCGUAAUUCUCUCCAAAAAUGAAAGAAGAAGAACAGUAAGAAAGAAGCACGAGAUAGAAAGAGGAGAAGGAGGAGAAGAAACGAAAGGAAGGAAAAGAUAAACAGAAAGAGUAAAAGAAAAGGAAAGAAAAGAAAAACGGAAGGAAAAGAAGGAAAAAAAUCAACCAGAAGCCGAAGAUUUCUGUUAAAUUGGAGUUACCGUUAAAUCGUGACAACUGCUACAUGGUGUGCCGUUCUCCCUGUAUCUGGUACAUGUAGCAAUCUUUUAUUUGUUUUUCUGUGGAAAUUAUACAAAAAAGAAAGAAAAAAAAAGAGAGAGCGAGAGAGAAAGAAAAACGAAAAAUAUCUCUAUUACAACAACAACAACAACAACAAACACCACACAACAUUCAACAACAGAGGAAAUCGAGAGAAUCUUCCAUGUGUGUAUGUGUGUAUGGAAGUGUGAGGGAAGCGAGUGUGAGGGUAAGAACGAAGGAAGAAUAGGUUUUGAAAAAGAAAGAGAAAGAGAGAAGAGAGAGAGAGAGAGAGAAAGAGAGAAAGAGACAGACAGACGAAGAUAGUUUUAAAGCAAAAAUUAUAUACCUAUAUAAACAUAUAAAGAUAGAUAUAUUAUUUAAAUAUAUAUAUAUAUAUACAUAUAUACACAUACAAACAAAUACAUAUUGCAUGCACACACAUAUGCAAACACAUACAUAUAUAAUAUAAAUAUAUACAUAUUGCAAAUAGAUACAAACCUAACACUAAAAUUCCAUAUCUAUAUUACACUUACAUAUACACACAGACAGACAUACACAGAUACGAACGUAAACACACCAACACUCACACACAAUACACACACAAACACAUACACAUCUCAUUAUUAGUUAAUUUGUAUUUGGAAGUGUGUAUGAGUGAAUGUUGCGCGAGUGUGUGUCUAUUAACUUAUGCGUAGUAUUGUGUGUAUACAUAUAUGUAUGUAUAUAUGAGUGUGUGUAAGAGUUUGAAUGAGUUGGUGUGUGCGUGUGCGCACGUACGUAUGUGUGAGAGCGCUGUGAGUAGAUCGAGUCGUGUUGUGCUCUGACACUACAUCUAUCUAUCUAUCUAUCUAUCUAUCUAUCUAUCUAUCUGUCUAUCUAUCUAUCUAUCUAUCUUAUCUAUCUAUCUAUCUAUCUAUCUAUCUAUUUAUCUAUCUAUCUAUCUAUACAGAGAGAUAGAUAGAUAGAUAGUUCGUUAUCUAUCGAUCUAGAUAUAUAUAUAUAUAUAUCUAUCUAUCUUUCUCUUGUUCCGGUAUUUACGUCCACAGUCAAAAUAGCCGCCACCGUGGAAAUAGCGGAUUUGUUACGCGCCCGGAGCUACUACUAUUACCCCGGCAACAUCAACACCCUCCACAACGGCUGGAACGGUGUGGACAUACACACCUCCAUGGACACGUUAAAUGACACGUUGUGUCUGGAGGAACUGGUCAGCGAAACAUCGGCAGCCCCUCAUUCACAACCGACUACAGCAAUGACUGUUGUGCAACACUUAGAAACACGGAGUACGGGUGUUGGCCCCACGGGGCCAGCUACAUCGCCGGAGACCCAUUAUACAAAUCGCUGCAACUCCAGUCGAACAGCAAUCACAGUCAGUGACAAUUCCACAGAGAAAUCAGAUUCCAAUGACACGAACAAAUGCAAGGCUAUAGAUGAUACGGGCUGUGAUGAUGAUAAGAAGAAACGGCGACAAAGAAGGCAACGUACUCAUUUUACUAGUCAACAGCUCCAAGAACUGGAGGCUACCUUUGCCCGGAACAGAUAUCCAGACAUGGCUACAAGAGAGGAAAUUGCUGCCUGGACCAAUCUUACAGAAGCCCGUGUCAGGGUGUGGUUCAAGAAUCGACGCGCAAAAUGGCGGAAACGUGAACGGAACAUGGAAACCUUUAAGAAUGGUUUCGGACCGCAAUUUAGUGGUUUGAUGCAGCCACCAUUCGACGACAGUCUUUACACAGGAUAUUCCUACAACAACUGGGCUACCAAAGUACCGAGUCCGCUUGGACCGAAGGGCUUCUCAUGGGGACUGAACUCUGUCAACCAUCUCCCUUCAGUAGUGACGACUCAACCGAUGUGUUUCUCAUCGCCCGCCAGUAGCAUCAGCAGCAGUAUGGUUGGAGGCGGAGUGCCAAAUGUUGCUUCAAUGGGUAACGUAACAUCGCCGAACACCGCCUGCCCCUACGCACCUCCGGCACCACCUUACAUCUAUAACAGAGACCAGUGUUCAACAAGCAUUGCUUCUCUCAGGUUAAAAGCCAAACAGCACAGUCCUUUCGGUUACCCGACUGUGCCAACUAGACAACCCACCCUAUCGGCCUGUCAGUACGCAACUGUUGGCAACGGUAGCACUGUCUGAAAGAGCGGGGAUUUCGUUCGGCUGAUAGUGGCAGUGAUGGUGAUACUGGCGCUGGUGGUGGUGGUGUUGGUGAUGGUGAUGGUGAUGGUGAUGAUUGUGGUUAGGUGGCAGUCAUACGUGCCAUCGAUAAACCACAGAAAUCAAUGAAUCAUAUCUCUUAGAUUUUUCUCUCUUUUUAUUUUAUUAUUUUUUUCUUCAUGAAAGAGAAGAGGAAGAAUGAAGAAAGAAGAAAAAAGGAAACAUAAUGCAAAAAAAUUUUUAAAUAUACAAAACAAAAGACUUCACACACACACACAGACACACACACACACACAUGUACACAUACAUCAGAAUGAAAGGAGAAAAGAGUGAAAGAGAAAUAAACAAAAAAAACAUAAACGAAUAAAAAA